AACCUAAUAAUUUCCAGGGAAGUGUUAUUAAAUUACGCAACUUAUUUUUUCUGACCUGUGGUGUGUGGGUGUGUGCUUUAUUUUGCAGGCAUGCAAUGCAUUGAAUUACUUUACAAGUACAUGUACAUGGAGCCAUGGUAGGGCUGUGUGUCUUUGGCAUGUUGUCAGAGCACACAUUGUGUUUAGGACUACAGGAGAAGGCCUUCAGUAAACAUCCUAGAUGACAUUCUGGAUACAGCUCUGCCAUUGCAAUGCCUGAAACUAACCCUAGUUCUUGUAGGUCAAAAGUACUGGGUAUGCUGUGCUGCAGAUAUGGGAAUACUAAUAAUGAAUUAAUGACGAGACAUCAGGCCUGUAAUUGUGUCCCAGUUCCCUUUAAGGCUUCACGCAGAAAAGGAGGAGCCUUACUCCCUUUCAAAAUAGACGGUUGGGGGACGGGAUGUGAUGUGAUUCAUGUGGUGCCUUGCUCAAUUUGACUUCAAAACAUUCCAGUGUAGUGCUGGCGUGAGGAUUCCUUGUUCUCUUUUUUUAUGGUGAACACACAAGGUGAGUUCCCUCUUGUUUUCAUUCACGUGUUUUUGGUUUCCUGUCAGUGAUAUUGCAAUGUAUAAGUGUUAAUGAAUCAACAUAUUUUCUGACUCACCCUUGUAGGUGGUUCUUGAAGGUAUAUGGAGCGUAUAUAGAUCAACUGUUGGUUUGACUUUCACACGCUUAAGUGUUUAAUCACAAUUUAAAGGCAUACAAUCUGCAUUUGAAAACCAUCACAUGAAAGUAAGACAACACAAUCCACUCCACUUUUGAGUGUUGAACUGAACGUCUGACCUGUGGCACCGUGGUCUCGGUAACAGUGUGUGUUGGUGCAGGGUAUGGGGGAAGGGGGUCAGAGUUCGGGGGCGCUAUGUACCCGUCAAGCUCCAUCAGUCGAGGAUCUCAAGGCGACGGGCGGGAAGGUUGAGAAGAUGCAGAUGAAGCGGGAGAUCUCGCUGAUCAACGGCAUAUGCCUUAUCGUCGGCAACAUGAUCGGCUCGGGCAUCUUCGUGUCGCCCAAGGGGGUUCUGAUGCACAGCGGCUCUUACGGCCUGUCACUGGUCAUCUGGGGCCUUGGGGGCGUCUUCUCCGUGUUCGGCGCGCUUUGCUACGCCGAGCUCGGCACCACCAUCACCAAGUCGGGCGCCAGCUACGCCUACAUCCUUGAGUCCUUCGGUGGUUUUCCGGCAUUCAUCCGCCUGUGGACGUCGAUCCUGCUGAUCGAGCCUGCCAGCCAGGCAGUCAUCUCGCUCACCUUCGCCAACUACCUGGUGGAGGCCCUGUACCCCACCUGCCAUCCCCCCUACGACGCCAUCCGACUCAUCGCUGCUGCUUGUCUAUGUGUACUGAUCUUCAUCAACUGUGCGUACGUGAAGUGGGGAACGCUUGUCCAGGACAUCUUCACGUACGCAAAGCUCAUGGCGCUCAUCCUGGUCAUCAUCAUGGGGAUCCUCAAGAUCUCUUCAGGGGAGACGAGGAACUUUGACGCUCCAUUCGAAGGGUCUUCUUCGGAGCCCGGAGCCAUUGCCCUGGCUCUUUACUCUGCACUCUUUUCCUACUCGGGCUGGGACACGCUCAACUUCGUCACAGAGGAAAUUCAGAAUCCGGAGAGGAACCUGCCACUGGCCAUUGCCGUCUCUAUGCCCAUAGUGACCAUAAUCUACCUGUUGACCAACGUGGCGUAUUAUGUGGUGCUGGACAUGCCGUCCCUGUUGGCUAGCGAUGCAGUGGCUGUGACCUUUGGGAACGCCGUCUUGGGCCCUUUCAGUUGGAUCAUCCCAGUGGCGGUGGCCAUGUCCUGCUACGGAGGACUCAACGCCUCCGUCAUCGCCGCCUCGCGGUUGUUUUUCGUGGGGGCCAGAGAGGGCCACCUUCCAAACAGCCUGAGUUUGAUCCACAUGGAGCGAUACACUCCCAUUCCUGCACUGCUGUUCAAUGGCCUGAUGGGCCUGAUCUUCCUUUGUGUGGAGGACGUCUUCCAGCUCAUCAACUACUUCAGCUUCAGCUACUGGCUCUACGUGGGCCUCUCCGUCGCCGGCCUUAUCUACCUGCGCUACACCCAGCCGCUCAGACACAGACCUGUCAAGCUGUCUCUGGUCUUCCCCAUCCUCUACUGUGUAUGUAGCCUGUUUCUGGUGGUGGUUCCUCUCUACAGCGACACCAUUAACUCCCUCAUAGGGAUAGGGAUCGCUCUCUCUGGGGUCCCUGUCUACUACGUGGCCAUUUACCUGCCUGAGGACAACAGACCCAAACUCAUCGGCACAAUGAACGCCUUCUUCACCAGGUACACCCAGAUGCUUUGUUACUGCUGCCUCACCGAGCUGGACACCGAGACCGGGGCCCCAAUGGUUGAUGAAACACAGUGAGGGGGGGGCCCAGUCGGCAGCACCCCACAAAACACCCACUGUGCCUGGCCACUCCCAGAGCAUAGAGCGGAUCGGAGGAUGCUAUCCUCAUUAUCAUGGAUGUGGGAAGGCAGCAUACUGUCUGUCCAGUUCAGCGACCUGACAACGUAAACAAACACACUGCCAUCAAGAGGAGGAGGAGGAGCAAGGCUUGAUUGUGUUUCAUUAAAGGAUACCAUCGGGAUAUUUCUACCUUGACAAUAUUUUCCCAUCAUUUUUGGUUUAAAGGACUAAUGCAUAGCACAAUUUAUUUUAAUUGGUCCAGUACUGAGCGAGACCGUUGCAGCCGAAAUCCGUUAAACUGACUACAAAAUAAUCCUUAUUGGGAAAUAUGUGCUUGUUUUUUAUCUAAAGUACUUUUGGAUGUUUAUAUAUGCCCAUGUUGGAAGUGAAAAGAUUUAGUGUGAAUACAAUAGUUUUAUAGAACCACAGUUAUAUAAUUAGUACCAUACCACAAAUUAUAUGAAACUGUUAUGGAUUUGUAAUAAACACAUUUCAAUUUUGAUAUAAUAGGUGCAUGGUGCCAUUAGAGAGUGCCACAGCACAGCCACUAUGAGCAGUCACAAAGUGACCCUCCAUGUCAGCCCAACCCUCCCAACGGCAGAAACCUAGGGAGCCGGAGAGACGUUUCACUGAAGUACUUUAAUCAAGUCAAAUUAAGGUUAUUGUACUUUUACUUAAAUACUGAUGGAUUCCAAAGUAAACAUUGUCUUCUAUUUGUACUUAGACAUUGUUACGGCCACAUUGGCCUUUCAGUCGUCAUUGUGUGUGUGCUAUUCGUUUUGUCUGCCUUUGCUCUCAUUGGCCUGGUCCCGCAUAUUCCAGGAUGGUGGUGUGCCCGCUUACGGGGUGUGUCCCUGUGAACCGGAUAAAAGUAGGCCUGGCCUCCGAGAGACGGCGGCGGAAGAUUUGAUUUGUGUUUUGCUCUAUCAUUGCCUAGAUCAGUUGAUCUUGUUUAUUAAUUAAAACAAACGUGGAAUGUCGCACUGUCUCCUGCCCCGUUUCUUUGUUACGUCUGAGCCGCGUAACAACAUGCACGUUUAAAUAAAAAGUAGGAUUGAAAGAAGGA